CUCAAGAAGAACAAGGAUUCUACUCUGUGACAUCACAAUAUCCAGUCUGAGCCCUGAUCUCAACAUCUUAGACGGAAAAGGGGUUGAUAGAGCAGAAGUGGAAAGCUACCUGAAGAACGUGGAAAGAAUCAGUCAUCCAUGCUUCCAGUUCAGAGGGAUAACCAGUUGGUGAUAGAGUGACAAAUGAAAAGUAACCUGACUCCAUUAACCUGCUUACCCCUGCCUGGGAAUGAUGGGAAGGAACAGCCUUUUGCUUUGAAAGAGUGGAACAGCUUGAGAAAAUGGCACGUAAUCUACCUAAAGAAAGACAGCGAUCUAUGUCAACGACUGGAGAAACUCUAUAUGAAAUUCUUGGUCUUCAUAAGGGAGCAUCAAAUGAAGAGAUUAAGAAAACCUACAGAAAAUUGGCCCUGAAACAUCAUCCUGACAAGAAUCCAGGUGAUCCAGCUGCUGCUGAAAAGUUUAAAGAAAUCAACAAUGCCCAUAGCAUACUAACUGACACAUCAAAGAGAAACAUAUAUGAUAAGUACGGAUCACUGGGACUCUAUGUGGCGGAACAGUUUGGAGAGGAAAAUGUCAAUACCUACUUCAUGCUCUCAAGCUGGUGGGCAAAGGCUUUAUUUGUCAUCAUUGGCCUUUUGACUGGCUGCUAUUUCUGUUGCUGCCUGUGCUGCUGCUGCAACUGUUGUUGUGGCCGCUGCCAGCCCAAAUCAUCAGCGCCAGAAGAUGUCUACGUAUCACCUGAAGACCUGGAGGAACAGAUCGAGGCUGACUUGGAAAAAGAGGAGAACAGAGAGAUUGAUUUUCCAGUCAUUCUCCAGCCUACAAGUGCAAAUGAGAAAACACAGCUAAUCAGAGAAGGACCUCGAAGCUACUGCACAGACUCUUGAUAUGGAGCCAGGGGGUGUCCAAGCGCUUCCUCUUGAUUCAGCCACUCCCCAGGUGUUUGUGGGAAGGACAGAGACAUGAAAUUCUGGAAACUUUUAGAAAUUCAUAUUUUGCUUUCCGGUUAGAGGAUGGUGGUAGUCAUGUAAUUUUCUCAGAAUGCAGACUUUCUCUUUGGGCAAAACUUCCUAAUGAAACACAUUCAAUUUUGCUGAAUAAAGGCCUAAAGACUCAUUUUAUGGUCUUUGCAUGAGGUAAGGCCAUGGCACUGGACAGUUUAUGAGACUAUCCUUAAUAUGAGUUAGACUUUAUUCACAGACUAAAGUAGUAUCUUAAAACAAAAACACUUUUAGCCCAUUUAACUAAAUGCAAUAUUUGUAUAUGCUGCAAAUACCAGAAAACAAGAGAGGUUCAGAGAUUUAUGUCAGUGGCGUAAGUGCCUGCCUGGCAAGCAUGAAGUCAUGAGUUUGAUUUCCAAUACCAAUAUAUAUAUAUACAAGAAAGAAUUUGGAAAGGUAUUCUUAUAUGCAGGGCUCUUUUUCUGUCAAUAUUUAGUAUGUAACCAACAUAUUUCAAAAAGCAGGAGAGAUUAUUAGAUUUAAAAGAACAGAUCACCUGUUUUUAAGUAUAUUUUUAGAAAAUUAAAAAUUGAACACUGAAAAUCAACAAGUAAAACCAGAAAAAAGAGGCUUUGAGUCUGCUUUUCGAUUAAAAACAAAAACAGCUUCAACCUUGCUAAAUCUUACAUUUGAUCCAGAAAAUCAUUCCAAGUCUGUACCAUCCCCAAACAAUGUGUCAACUUUUUAGCAAAAUAACUUCUGGUAUAAAUGGCCAACAUUUUACUGUCCUAAGGAAAGAAAAUAUAUGAGGUAAAGAGUAGAAUUCUCAAUUCUAUAAUAUAAAUUUAAAUUUAAACGCAUGUCAUAUGCUGAGUGGAAUUCAUUACAUUGAACAGAAAAUGCUCAGCUUGUACAUUUGGGCAAUCUAAACUCAGAAGUCAUGUCUGUAUUUUCUAUCUUGAUUCUUAAAUUCAUUGAAUGAUAGAAACUAUGCACUAUUUCUAAAACAAUAUAGCAGCAAAACUGUUUUUUUAGUCUCUCUUAGUUCCUUAAAUAAUAUUACAUUUUCAAGAUCUUGUUAUAUUUUUAUAUAUUGCAUGAAUUACCAUCUUCUUUUUUCUCUCUUUCUUACUCAGCCAUCACCAAAUUAUAGUCAAUUGCUGCUAAAUAUAUAUUGUAAGUGAAAAUUAGUGUUA